UUACAUAGUCUGUGAUAGUCUGGCAGCUGGCAAUCGUCUGGUAGACAUGUGGAUAGAAGUUAUUACCAAUAGCAUAUGUCGACAAAAAUUGUUUAUUUAAUACGAAAAAACAGACCAACGAUAUAAUGAAUACACGAAAAAGAAAUAAUAGAUACAUUUCGAAUCAAUAUAACAAUCAUAAAAGACGCAAACAAUCUGUAUUAGAAAUUGGUAUGACAGGAUUUUUAUGCACAUGCAACUUUCAUGAAAGAGGCUGUAUCACAGAUGCCUAUAAACUGCUCAAUUUAUUUGCUAAUGAGGAAUCUACAUCAGAGAUAAAUAAGGAAUUUGAACCAUCAAACACAACAAAUAUACUCGAUAAGAAAGAGAUUAAUAAAUCUGUAGAAAACAUUGAGAAAGAUGAAGACAUUUUAACUACUUUGGAAAGAGAAAUUAAUGAACUUAGAACAGAGCAAGAAAUGCCAUUAUCUGCUAGAAAAUUUCAAGUAGUAGAUACAGGUGUUAAAAAUAUGAUUUUUAUAUCAAGUACUUUUUCAAAUCCAUUAGAGUUGGUCACCAAAAUUGUUACUAAGUUAGAUGCAACUAAAGAACAAUAUACUAGAUAUUUAUUAAGAUUGCUUCCAAUUGAAGUUACAUGCAAAGCAUAUAUGGAUAACAUAAGAAUAAAAGCAAACACAUUAUUUGAGAAAUACUUUGCCCAAGAACCUAAAACAUUUAGCAUUAUAUUUAAUCGCCGCAGUAAUAAUAAUAUUAAAAGGGAGGAAAUCAUUAAAGAUUUAGCGGAAAUAAUUUUGCGAAAAAAUCCGGGUAACAAAGCAGAUUUAAAAAAUCCAGAAAUAGCUGUGAUUGUUGAAGUAAUUCGUGGAAUUUGCUUACUUUCUAUUGCUCCUAAUUAUUAUAAGUUUAAAAAAUAUAAUCUUCUUGAAAUAUGCCGCAGUACAAAAAAUAAGAUAAUUUCCAAUAUAGAAAUGACAGAAACAACAAGUGAAGAAAAUAAAAAUGAUUCAGAUACAAUUAUAUUGAAUUCAUGUGAAAUUGAGGAAUCUAUCAAUGAGGAUGAAAGUUUGGAUACACAAAUUGAAGAGAAAAAUGAUAACUAGGCAUGCUUAAAAUAGAUUUGAUAUACAUAAUAUGUUACUAUAUUA